UUUUUCUGAGCUGUUCUUCGGAGGGAAAUCUCACACAGGAGCACCUGAUCUACUAUCUGGGGUGUGGUUCAGCCCCAUUCCAGGAGAAGACAGAAGACAAGAGUAAAUCAAGACCUUCUCCCAAAGAGAAUGGCAGAUACAACUUUACCUACUGGCCUUAAGGAUGCCUUCCUAGACGAAGAUUAUGACUAUGAAGAAUUGAUCUUCCAACACAAUUUGCGGAAAACGAUGAACAUUCUCUCUAUGGUCAUCUACAGCAUUGCCUUCUUAUUGGGGGCCAUUGGAAACGGGCUGGUCAUUUUCAUCACUGGCUUCCGUAUGAAGAAGACGGUCAACACCAUCUGGUUCCUCAACUUGGCCAUCGCCGACUUCGCUUUCACCUUUUUCCUGCCACUGAGCAUCGCCUACCUAGCUCUGGACUUUCACUGGCCAUUUGGGGAGGCCAUGUGCAAACUGAACAGCGCCACGGCCUUCCUCAACCUCUACGCCAGCGUUUACCUCCUCACGGUCAUCAGCAUAGACCGCUGUGUUUCGGUGUGGUACCCUGUGUGGGCUCAGAAUCACCGGACCCCUCGCCUGGCUUCCUUUGUGGCUUUGGGGGUUUGGAUCCUGGCGCUGGUGUUGAGCUCGCCAAACAUCCAUUUCAGGAAGACUGCAAUGAGUGAAGACGUGAUCAACUGCUAUAACAAUUUUAGCUGGAAUGCAGAACUGGCCCAAACCACCCAUCGUGCUAUGACUAUCAGCCGUUUCAUCUUUGGCUUUGCUAUCCCCUUCAGUGUCAUUAUUGCUUGCUAUGGGGCGAUUGUUUUGCGGCUGAAGAGGGACCACUUGGCUCCAUCGAGCAAGCCCUUCAGGGUCAUCACCGCAGUGAUUUUGGCCUUUUUCAUCUGCUGGUUCCCCUAUCACGUUUUCUCUUUCCUUGAGAUUCAAGCCUACAAGGACCCAACACUGUUUCCGGUACUCUCAAUUGGUAUUCCUUUGACAUCCAGCUUGGCCUUCAUCAACAGCUGCCUCAACCCCAUCCUGUACGUCUUUAUGGGGCAUGAUUUCAAGGAAAGGCUGAAACGCUCCCUCUUCUCUGUGUUUGAGAACGCCUUCGCUGAAGAGAUCAGCCAGAGUACAACACAGACAAAGACCAAAUCCUCAAUUGAGCUGGACUCCCAAAACUUAUGAAUAUUGCUGACCUUUGUUUCCAAAACUCCCCAACUUCCCCGCAAGACUGUUCAAUGUAUUCAUUCAUCAUUCUAUCUCCCCCCAUCUUUUCAGCAGACGGGUGGACUCCUUACUCUCUUUAGCUCAGUUAUUUCUGCCACAAAUUGGUGGACGUCUUUAGGAAGUUGGUUGCACCGUUUCAUGGAGGGGAAGAUAUGUGCACACAGCUUAUAUACAUCUGAUGUGUUUGUACAUUUCAGCACUCAACGCAUCCUCUGUGCACUUUGUGGAUGAGUCAGAUAUAAUAAAGUGUAAGAACUCUCAUUUGUGUGUGUAUUACACAACUCUCAUUUGCAUGUGUAUUAGCCACAUGCAAUCAAAUGUGGCUGAAGUUGGAAUAUGUCUAGGCUCCCUUGCAAGGAGACUUUUCCACCCCAAAAUUAUUAUGCUGUAAACUAGUGGGGGUAGCAUGGAAAUAUCAAAGAUUUCUUAAUUUAUAUAUAAAGCUAUUUCUCAGUUAUUCUGUCCUGCUCUAAUAUAUGACCAAGAAACAGAACCCAAGAUGGGUCUAUGCAGACAUAUAUUAUUUUGUGUCAGGGUGUUUAGCCCCGUCUGUUAUUUUUUCCUUCUGUCUAGUAUUUUUUUCCUAUUCAUUGUGUAGCUGCAUAAAUCAUGUUUAAUAUUUCUUGUCGAUUACUUAUGCUUUUUUUCAUAUCUCUGAAAUCCUAGUCCUAUUACAUUUCUCAUUAGAGCUGUCAUCCUAUUGAUUGUAUCCAUUUACCGGGCGCAAUCUACCUCGAGCCUCCGUGAGAAAGGUGGACUAUAAAUAACAUAAAUAAAUAAAUCAUUCACGUUUUCCUACAUAUUUUAAUGCCAAUUAC